UGGUAAAGAUGGCGUUGAGUAAAACGUUCGGUCAGAAGCCGAUUAAAUUUCAACUAGAAGAAGAUGGAGAUUUUUACAUGAUAGGUUCAGAGGUUGGAAACUACCUGCGUAUGUUCAGAGGCUCACUAUAUAAGAGGUAUCCGUCACUGUGGCGCAGACUUGCGUCGGUCGAGGAGAGGAAAAAGAUUGCAGCAUCAUCACACGAUCAUGGUUACACAACUUUAGCCACCAGUGUGACUCUGCUGAAAGCAUCUGAGUGUGAGGAGAUCUUCGAGGGCAAUGAUGAAAAGUACAAGGCGGUGUCCAUCAGCACAGAACCUCCAGCCUACCUCAGGGAGCAGAAGGCCAAGAGAAACAGUCAAUGGGUUCCCACGCUCCCCAACAGUUCUCACCACCUGGACGCUGUGCCUUGCUCUACCACCAUCAACCGAAAUCGCAUGGGGCGUGACAAGAAACGGACCUUCCCCCUGUGCUUUGAUGACCACGACCCAGCAGUGAUUCACGAGAACGCCUCUCAGUCAGAGGUUCUGGUUCCUAUCAGAUUGGACAUGGAGAUUGACGGCCAGAAGCUCAGAGAUGCUUUUACCUGGAACAUGAAUGAGAAACUGAUGACUCCCGAGAUGUUUGCUGAAAUCCUGUGUGACGAUUUGGACCUGAACCCUCUGACUUUCGUCCCGGCCAUCGCCUCAGCCAUCCGGCAGCAGAUCGAGUCGUACCCCACAGACAGCAUCCUGGAUGAGCAAACCGACCAGAGGGUCAUCAUCAAGCUGAACAUCCACGUGGGUAACAUUUCCCUGGUGGACCAGUUUGAGUGGGACAUGUCGGAGAAGGAAAACUCUCCGGAGAACUUUGCGCUGAAGCUGUGCUCCGAGCUCGGCCUCGGGGGAGAGUUCGUCACGACCAUCGCCUACAGCAUCCGCGGUCAGCUCAGCUGGCACCAGAGGACGUACGCCUUCAGUGAGAACCCCUUACCUACAGUAGAGAUUGCCAUUCGGAACACAGGUGAUGCUGAUCAGUGGUGCCCUCUGUUGGAGACGCUGACAGACGCAGAGAUGGAAAAGAAAAUCAGAGACCAGGACAGAAACACAAGGCGUAUCAGGAGGUUUGCCAACACUGCGUCCGCCUGGUAAAGAGGCAGAACAAAGACGCCGCUGUUCAAUAAGCUCGAGGCAUCAGAACUGUGGAGCAGUUUUUCAUCACUGGGACGUUAAUGACUUUGUUUUAAGGAGUACUGUGUAUUUGACUUGCUUUUGUUUUUGUAAUAAAAUAAAGUAUUAGUUAAAAAUGUG